AUGACGAACCAAGUAUUCGCCGACGGUAGCGAAACGCCUCAAGAGAGGUGGCUUGAGCAGGAUGCAGGGACUCUGCCAGAGCCGCUGUCACAGCAGGAGAUUGACAGGGUCAAGAAUCAGCCUGACGACCGGAAGGACUUGCUACUGACGCGUAUGCGUGAGGAUGAGAAUUUGUUGGACGUCAACGGCGUGCUUGCCUGA